CCGAAAUCGAAGGACCUGUGAGACGGUGUUGUUGUGUGCAGGCAGCUACGCAAAAAGGACACUCUUGCAGGCACUUUUCCAGCUUCCACUGCGUAGAAGAAGCCCGGGGAGAACACACACGCGCGCCCACAUUUAAUUAGUCUCCCCUCACCCACUGAAUCUUUGAUUCGGCGAAAGUCCGGGGACCAGACGCUAAUUAAUCCUGGGACUUGUUGGGCACCGCAGCUCAGAAGCGGAAACGGAAACGGCAGAAGCAAAAAUCCAGCAGCAGCAGCAGCCGGAGAUGCACAGACGCCGCUCGUAAAUAAUUGAAGAGACAAGGCAAUGAAAAUGCGAAAUUGAAGUUAGCACACAAUUGUGAAAUUGGACAUUUUUAUCGCCGGCAGAAAUCAUGUCAAAUCUUCUCUACAUGGACAAAUCGAAUGGCAAUGGCGUCUAUGCGGUCAAGCCGAACAUGGACAACGAUAAUGCCCUAAUGGGAGCAUCGGCUGCCACCACAACCAUGACAACAUCAGGUGCAGGAGCUGGUGCAGGUGCGGGCACGGCAAACAACAUAAACAUAAUGAACGGAGCUGCUGCCGCUGCGGCAGCUUCCGCUUCCGGCCUGCCCACUUCCGCCUCCAGUGAGGACCUCAGCCAGAGCCUGUCAGAGUACACGGACGCCGACGAGAGCAUAUCCGCGCCCACAGAGUUUCUGGCCGAGUUCCUGUCCGCCGUGAUGCUGAAGGACUACAAAAAGGCAUUGAAAUACUGCAAAUUGAUUCUCCAAUACGAACCCAACAAUGCCACGGCCAAGGAAUUCUAUCCGCUCAUCCUGGACAAACUGAGGGCCGUGGCCACAUCCAGCGACAGCGAUGAAAACUACAAUAAAUCUUCAUCGCCCGACCUGGCCCUGGACCUGCACGCCUCCGAUGUGGAAGCAGAUGCUGAUGGCGACGACGGUGGCGAUGCAGAUGGAGAUGCGGAUGUGGAUGCCGAUGCAGAUGGAGACAGCGAGAGCAGCAACAACUGCUCCGAGGAGGAUAAUGGAUGGGGUGACGACGAGAUAGACAAUGUGGAUGUGAUGGAUGGCGAGGAGGAGAGCAGCAGCAGCGGCGAUGACUUUGAGCUGCCCAUAGACGAUGCUGGGCAGGAUCCAGCAGCCCUGGCAGUACACACUCCCCACUCACAUACUCAUUCCCACUCCCACAACGAUUCAGGAUCCUCGAGGAAUUCGUCCAGUGGCGGGGGCGGACGCAGCGACAACACCACGCACUCCUACUCCAGUUUGCUGCUGGAGGAAGAGGACGACAUUGUCCCGGUUAGCCUCCAUUUCGGUCUCAAGGAUAACGCAACUACAGACCUGGAUGUGAGCAAUGGCAACAAAGUGCCCUCCGCCUCUUGCAGCGACUCGGAGUCCCCGACAGAACCGCUGACCCAGCGCCUGGCGGCCAUCCUGCGCUCCAAGUGCGGUGUAUCCGGCGGCACCGAUGAACCCUAUUAAAAAUCUACACACAAAAAUAUUUAAUUUAACACUGUGCGGGUAUUAUCUUUGGAUUGCGAAACGCUUGCUGAAUAAAGAGGAUCAAUGAAAUUUUCCGGAAAAGAAAAUUAGUAUGAUUUUCUACCUGACCGCACAGUGUCGUCUCUACAUUUACAUCUAUAUAUUCUUGUAUAACUCUAUAAAGACCGUAACCUCCACCAGCCCUUGCCCGACUAGUCUCUCCACUAGUGCGAUCGCUUUACGAACCUAGAAACCGUCCCUGACAGCAUACUCUCGUAUCUCGUAACUUGUAACUUGUAAUUCGUACUCUGUAUCUUGUAUCUUGUAUCUUGUAUCUUGUAUCUCCGGUAGCUAAGUUUUUGAUCAAACGCGAGUCUCCCUAGGACAAACAUAUCGUACAAACUCAAUAAGUACUUAUAUAUAUAUACAUCAAUACCUAUUUAUACCACAUACACAUAUAUACUGUACAUGUUUAUCCUAGAUAUAUAGCCGCAGAGCCCAAUAAAGAUAUACUCGAUACCGUAA